GCCAGGCAACCAGCAGCGAUAUUCCACGGCCGCCCGAGUUCCCUCCGCGACUAAAAACAACAGACGAUCUUCCGUUCACUAUCGGCCGCGUCAACGUCAAAGCUACAGCCGUUUGGCACAACAAUAUUCGUUGGUAUUGUAGUGGUCAUACUCCUUCCUAUUGUGAGCCUUUUCACCUUCUUUUUUCGCACAAGUGACUCACUACAGCGGAAUUCCGCGACCGCGAACGUAACCUGUUGGACAGUCAGUGCUGAGAGACGGGUGGUCGCGAAAAGUGAGGUUAUGUGUUCCAUGGCGCAGGACAGGUAGUACGGAAUACGGCCCUUAGUGCAGUGCAGGUGGAUGGUGCCUUUGUUUACCAACCAUUGUGAGGGUGUGGGAUUUAUACAGAGCCCGUUAGGUAUGUUAUGUGAACUAUGUGGUCUAAGCAAGUAGACCCAACAGCGACUGGCGGUAAAAACAUGACGUUCAAAAACAAAAUUGGUCACCGUAAGCGCAAAAAUGACAGGACUGUCGAACAGACAGUUGACAGCAGCAGUGUGGACGUAGAGCAGCCCAAGGAAGGCGUAAGCAGCUCGAAAAGCGGAAAAAACCGUAACAGACACCGAUCUUCAAAGAAAGGGACUGGUACCACAGGAGCUCAGUUGAACACUCCAGGUCGGAAGCCCAUCGGUGACGCUAAAGAUACAGUGGUUAUUAAUAAGGACAUUGAGUGUGGUGAUGUUGUGUUGAGACAUCCUGAUCCAGGAAAACGUGGCAGUAACAGCUCGUUGAAGCGGUAUAGUGACAGUUUUAUCAUCGAUGACAGUGUUCAAGUCAAUAAAGAAGAGAGUGUGGUAGUCCCUCCAACUUUAACUCGAGCUGUAAGCGGAUUUUUCGUGCCAGAUCCUUCUAGGAAAGGCAGAAGAUUCAGCGAUCUGUUUAGACCAGGUAGCAUGAAGCUAUCUGCAAGUACAGAGAACCUCAAAGUAACUGAGAGGAAUAAAAUCAAUCUGGAGAGAAACACGUUGAAGCCCAGCAACCAAAACGUUCCAAAUACUAAGGUCGACAAUAAGGCCAAACCGAACAAAAAGACCGAUACGGCCACUAAAGUUCAGUCACCUAAGGUGGUGCAUAAAAGGGAGUCUGUAGCUACUACAGAACCAUCUUACUUAAAAAGAGUGAGAUCAAGAAUCUACAAGACGAAAAGCGAUGAUACAGCAUCGUUGAAAUUAGAAGCAGAUACAAAAGCGAAAAAGUUGAAACCCAGAAAGUCUAUUCAAGUCAACGGAAGGAUUCCAGAAGAUGAGGUAGCAGUGACUACUCCUAACGGAGUGAGGAAGUCCCUCUCGCAUUUUGACUUUAGACUUACAAGGCAGACGUCCAAUCUGGAGAAGAAGUCCAUAGCUGCUCUGAAAUCUGCUGAUGUGGUAGACGCUGCCUCGGGUGACAAACCAGUGUUAGCAAAGUCCAAAUCUAGCAGCGCCAUCAAUUUGAACCUGUUAAGAGCAAGGAGGAAUAAGAUUCUGGAGCAGGUGGCUUCAAGGUUUGGAGUGAAAGAUGUGGGAAAUGAGUUCGAUUUUAUCGCGUUCGGAAGUAUGAACAACGUGGCUGCUAUAGGAAGGGAUAUUUUUGGGUCGCAGAGGAGUCUGCAGAAGCAACCCAGUUGGCUGCAUAUACACAAAGAGGAGCAAGCUGGGGAGCAAGCGGAGCAGGCUUUGGAGAAAAAACAAGGCGAAGUGAAAGGCGCUGGCGGUACCGGCGGUCAGCCCGUCAGCCGCAGCGGUUCCGACCGCCGCCCGGAUGCGGUCCGAGAGGAGGGGUGCGCCAAGCAGGAGGUCGCAUCUCCGGAAUCUGGGAGUAGCUCUGCUCCUGGAGACAUUGCCGGAGCUAAAGACCACCUUAGGGGGGACGAACAUAAUCCCGCAAUAAAUAGCAGCACGAUACUUCCUGCAGCAGGUAGUAAUAGGAAAGUGAACAUUAACAUCAAUAGGAGCGAAAGUGUGAAGGAGCAAUCCGAAAAGAGGAAACAGCAAAGAAGGAAUCACAGUGAUCCAUCUCAUACCAUCACAAGUGGCAACGUAGACUUGGAUCAGCAUACUGUCCUAUCGAACACGGAGUCUGGUAGCUCGUCAAAUUCAAGUAUAUCAUGCAAUGGCAGAUUGUCAGAAAGUCCGAGCAACAGCGUGGACGCUGUGGGUCAGGGCCGGCGCAGGGCAGGUCCUGAAUCUGACAGUGAUAUGGACACCGAGGCUGAGCCUUGGCAAAACCUAGUCACCGCCGAAGAACUGAGAAACCUUUCCCCACAUGAAAAAAAGCGUCAGGACGUUAUUAAUGAAUUAUUCCACACCGAAAACUCUCAUGUAAGGAACUUGAACGUACUGUACAAGAUCUUCUACAGGAAAAUCCUUGAAAGCCAAACGCUUAAGCCUGACGAACUCAAUCUACUGUUUCCCAACAUCAAAGAAAUGUUUGACGUGCACAGGGAGAUCAAUAAGGAGAUGUGGAGGCGGCGGAAGGAAGAUCCUAUAGUUAAGGAAUUGGGUGAUACAUUACUGGGCAUAUUUAAUGAAAGACUUAAAAAAGCGGCAGCCACAUUUUGUGAGAGUCAGCAAUUAGCUUUAGAAUUUAUAAAGAAAAGGCGGGAAAGGGACUCCAAAUUUGACGCAGUUUUAACAGAAUGCGAGAAGAAAAGACAAUGCAGGCGUCUUCCCCUGCAAGGCAUCCUUCCUACAGAGAUGCAGAGGCUGUCCAAAUACCCUCUUCUCUUGGAAAGGCUCAUCCACAGUGUGGAGUCAAACAAAGAGGAGGUGGAGGACCAGUCAAGGAAGGACGAGUUGGCCAAAUUGCACUUGGCGAUGCAGAAGUCUAAGGAGAUUUUAAAUUAUGUCAAUGAGGCUGCCAAGCUUGCACAUAAUAGACAUCGACUGGAAGAGAUUCAAAAACACUUGGACACAAGUAGUUUUGAAAGAUCCGAACAGCCCAUUGCACAGGAGUUCAAAACGAUAGACUUGACCAAAUAUAGGCUAAUUAUUGAAGGUGGUAUGCAACUGAGGAGGCCUAAUAAGCCCAUAGUGCCUGUCCACAUCCUACUUCUGGAAGAGGCCGUCAUCAUUCUUCAUCGAGAAGGCGACAAAUUCCUCCUGAAGUUCUUCCAGUCUGGGUCUUCGGCCCAGCCCAACCCUCUCUCCCCCAUAAUCAAGAUGAAUACGUUGCUAGUCAGGCAAAACGCAGUUUGCAAAAAUGCUCUCUUCCUCGUCAACACGUCGACGAACAAUAGCCAUAUGUACGACUUAAUAGCUGAAGAUGAGAUAAAACGAGCAGUGUGGUUCAAGCACUUCUCGGACGCCACUAAAGCGUACCAGCGUCGCGAGGGUCGCCUACCGUCUCAGAGCUCCGCCUCGUCGAAGCGCGGGGCGGAGCCUGUGCCGGCCGAUGAAUCGGACGACUCUUCCGGUUCGUCGGACGCGGCUCUCGAUCAAUCGCAACCUACUACGGGGGCGGUUCCAACGACGGCAACGCCUACGACGGGCGGUGCAGAGAAGCAAGAAGGGGAAGAGACUGGGAAAGAGGUGGAAUCGAGAGAGAAGAAUCCCGCAGAUGUCGACGGAGGAUUGAAUAGUGCGGAACCCUCACCAGACAUGGUGGCAGGUGGUGGAGCACAAGCGUCAAGGGUGAGUGCGGAAGAUUGGCCACUAAUUCAGCCAUCGCAGAUCAGUAUCGCAAGUCCUCCAGUGCACACGGCUGAACCAGUGCUUACACCACUAGAGCAAAUAAAAAGGAAGGAUGCCCUGGUCAAACAGGCUUUGGAAGACAAGGAAAGCCUUGUGGCAGAUCUGUUGAGCAUUCCAAGGGAGCAUUUCCACCACAUUGCAGAUAUGGCUGGCGCCGACAUAUCAAGUGAUGCCGAUCCUUCUGAGAAGUUAAUGGCUGCCAUAUACCAGGUAGAUCAACUUCAGAAGAUCGUCAAUCAGUCAUUGAAUGUCGAUGAAAGUGACAUACUAACUUCUAAGGGUGGUAAACACCCAGCUUGUGCCAGUCAACAGGUGGACGAGGAACAACCAACAACAAACGGCAGUGCUCCCACCGUGCCUGUUGGACCCGUAAAAACCAUCGCUACUUCUCUUAGCUCUUUGCUCACGACAUUAAUGAGCGAAGUGAAACAAGUGGAAGAAGAGAGAGAUAGGCUUAGGAAAGAACUGCACAGGGUAAGGGAGAGGCUUCACGAAGAACAUAACCUGCACAGUCCAGUGCCUCUCGACGAUAGUGAGAUUCUAACUUCGCCAGCUAGCAACUCGUCGUACACGCUUAAUGAUAGCAUACAAGUAAAUAAAUAUUUAGAAUUUCAUAAAGACUAAGGAUUAAAUCCACUUCACUUAAAAAUGUUUAACUAAGUCCAAAAAUAUUUGACGUUUAAAAAUGAAAACGGAAAAAUAGAAACAAAUCACCGAGCCUUGCUUAGGGUAAUUGAGGUGAUAUCAUAGCUCCAAAUCCAAAGAUUAUUUCACAAAUUAUUUUUGUAAUACAAGUAGCGACACAAAAAAAUGCUUUUUGUUUCUUAGAUCUUUUCUUUUUCAUUGUUACAUAUUUUUACGAGCUGUCAAUCAUAGAAAUCAAGAUAUGUUCCAACCGAGAAUUGGAAAUUUUAUAAAAUAUGUCAAUAAUAUUUCAUCAAAAUUGGCGCUUUUGAUUGAAUAGCCUAACUUAAAGUUUAUAACCAAUUUUCUGUUGCAGGUUGUGACAAAAAGUGAUUUAGAAGAGGAACCGUAACCAUCCUACCUAGCUACUAGCAUACCACCUUUCAAACUGUAUAAAUCUAUCUACUAAAACUAUGAUACUAUGAGAAUAAAUAGUUAAUUUAAUGUGUAAAUUAAUAUAUGAAGCCUGAGGCUUAUCAUAUUGUAGUGAUACGGUAAUAUCAUAUAUACCUUGUAAAAGAUUGCAACGCAUUCGAUUGUCAUAUAUAGUACCAGUUUCUUGAUAUAUCCUAACUUUGCACUGUUAGUCUCGAAAUAGAUUGAUUCAAGAUUGGAUUGUUUGUGAGAUUUGUGAUAUGGUGUUCCUGAGUUCAUGGAACUGUAUUCUUCAACACAUCAUCAAAUAAUAUCUUACAAGAUUUUGUUUGAAUACAUGUUUGUUUUUCUCCCUAUUCUGUCACUGCCAUAUCAAAUUUAUCACAGACUAGUUUAACAGCCACUCUGCAGAAAGUGGAUUCGAGAUGUCAUUUAUUUACGUGUUGCAACUGGUAACAAGAUCUAAAUCUCAUUUAACGAAAAAACAUGUUGCAGGCAUACUAUAUAUCGUGAAUAAAUGGAUCGUUUUGAUAAGUGCUGCAAAUGCUGUUUCUGUGUUAGUCCGUUAAUCCUAUAUGUCUAGUUUGAGACAAUAGAAAGUUCAUAUUACGGUAUUUUGAAAUACAAUCUAUGACAUAUUUGUCAAAAUAGCGCAAGAUGUUAAUAUACAUGCCGUAAUAUUAUGUGCACACUAUCACUAUAUAUAACGUUUUGAUGCGUUACAUUUCGUUUCAGGCUAUGUAUUAUUUUUGUAACGAACCUACAUUUCAUACUGGAUACUUGAGACUAGGAAACGCCAUGUGCUCACCCUAAGUGAGGUUUUCUUGCUGGUCAGAAAGUGGAAACGGGACUUCGCUUCCACAUUAAAGGAGUAUUGUCUAAAUGUUGAAUAUUCGACGCUACAUUUAUCCAUUGUUUUUCUGUAGAUGCUUUCAUCGCUUUUCUUGAGCUUCAGUUAAUAAAGUACCAGGCAUAAAACAUGACGUUUGAUCACCGGUAAAAUUUAAAGAAAAUUCGUAUAGUGAUAGUUCAUUUUGGUGCUGAUCCAAUGUUUCAAUGCUUUCUAUUGAGCUACAGGGUGUUUGGUGCCUUAGCCCCUGUGAAAACGCCGGCCUGCACGAUUUUACGAAAACUAACUCGUCUUCAAUACUUGGCUUAGCUUAUGCAUAUAACAAAAAUCACGUGAACACUUUCAAUAUAUACAGGGUGUCCGAACGAAAAUGGAAAGUUUAAUAGAUUUAUAUGAGAUAUUCGAAAACGGUUUCCGUAAUAAGAUUGACAUCUUAUAGUUAUGCAUCUCAAAAUUAUUUGGAAAUACACAACACACAAUACAGUGGCACAACAAACAUAUUUUUUUAAUAAAGUACUGAUUAUAUUAGAUAUUUGGAAAGAGCUUUUGAAAACAAGAUUGAUAUGACUGUAAGAUUUUGCUAGUCAGGCGUUUGGAUAUUUUUUCAUUUGUCUGAAAAAAUGCCUAUCCUUGAAAGUUUUGACUUUUGCUAUUUGAUUGUAUCCCUGAGUUGUGGGAAAAUGAUGGUAAGCGAACUACAUCAGGGUGCUUGAAAACGUUGUUUUUCUCAAAAAAUCUAAAUGGAAUGUAUUUGUGCACGAUCAUAUUCACGUUUUCAUAAGUUUCUUUGCACCAUGGAAUUGUGUAACACCAUCUCCAAAUAAUUUAAAAAUACACGCCUAUAAGAUUUCAAUCUUGCUGCGCUAAUCGUUUUCGAUUAGCUUUGCGCCCAUCGGAACAUUAGAUUAGCACAACAACUAUUACUAGAGAAAUGUUCAUUAAAAUUAACUGGUGGUUAAUUUCCAUGUUUUUUUGCCUGGUACUUUCAGCCUUACAUAUCACUAAAAUGUGGUCUUCAUUCUUAUGCUUCACUUUGCUUUUGGUCAUGUAACCCUAGGUAUGAAUGCCAUAGAAAAGACGGAUCCUACUGAAUAUAAUCUCACACACGUUUAUCAAAUUUGUCACUCGCUCUUUCGCACUCCUUUUCUCGUAUGUCUUUUAUUUCCCUCCUCUCAAAUAUGACUCCUUUCUCUCCCUUUUUAUAUUUCAUUUGUUAACUGUAAUAUGUUAUUGUGUAAGCUCUGUCCAUUUUUUUAAGCAGCUUAAGCCUCAUUUUUGUCUGUUAUUGUAGAUACAGCGUCCAUCCUGUCUCUAAUAUCCUUGAUCCAUACACAGUGGUUCCGGACGUCCUUGUCUUUUCGUUUCGGAGUCAGUGCAAUAAUGCUUGCAUGGUUGUUGUUCAUUAUUAUAAGUCGCUAGUGUGAAAGUGGCUUUUUUGUAGUAGGGACUACGCCCCAAUACCCCCCACCCCGCCCAAUUUGUAUUUACGUGUAUAUAUUGUGUAGUUUUAUAGGAUUUGUUAUACAAUACAUAUAUUAUAUUCUUAUAUCAAUGUCCCUUUUACCUGAUAUAGUAUUUCUAUUUAUUUGUUAUAUAAUUUUUGUGUUUCUUCGGUUUUUAAUUGAAUGUUAUGUGGGUGUGAUAUAGAUACGUUCGCACAAUUGGAUCUAGAAUCAACAUUUUUUUUAAGGCUACUGGAGAUCAAAUUGUGCUUAUUAUCAUACUAUAUUAUACUAUGCCAUUAUUUUCAAUUGUAAUUUUUUUAUUCUGAACAAGAGACAGUAAUAGGCGGAGCGUGAAAAGCACAAAUUCUGCUUCAGAGUGAUCAAGUUGUGCGAACUGAUUGAAAUUGUUGACUGGAGCAUAAAUGUACCAGUGUAUUUACUAUAUAAUGCAAGUGCCUUGGUAGCACCCAUUGUUGUUCAAUAUUGCUUUUGUAUAACGCUUUACAAUUGUGCAUUUUUGAUUUUUCUUAAAACAUGUGUAAAGGAGGAAUCCACUUGGCAUUUAUGAUAUCAAACAUAGUUGUAUAUGUAAAUUAUUUUACUUACUUUUUUAUUUUUUCCUGUAGCGAAUUAUACAUAAUGAAUGACACGGCAUAAUUUGUUAUAUGUAUUUAUACUAUACAAUCAAAAAAAUAACAGUAC